UCACCACUUCUCCUUCCUCUCUCUCACCCCUCCCUCUUCACCUCCCCCCCUCACCCAUCCAAUGCCUCCCGACACAGUCUCCUCCGGCUCCUUCACCCGCAGACCCGUCGCCAGACAAGUCACCACCCUCGACGCCUACUCCUACAUCACUAAACUCUGCUACCUCGAGUACCUGCGCCGCCCGCGCCCGCACUCCCUCAUCCAACGCGUCUCCCAAUUCCUCAACGACACCGACAAAAAAUCUCAAAUCAUCUCCCCCGAACGCGCCUCCAUCUCCCUCCUCAAACAUGUCCGCAAAGACCUCAAAGACUACCUCCGCCGCCACUCAAACUCCUCCUCCAAAGUCACAGAGAUGUUCGCCGGCUUCGCCACCGCUGUCGAGUCCUCACCCCUCAAAGACCGGUUCAAAGACAGCGACAUGCAGAUCGACGAGCUCUUCAACGUCUUUGUCCCCCGCGAAAAGUACAAAAACCUAGACUUCAAACAGGCAAACCAAGUCUCCGUCGCCUUCGCAGACUACGUCCUCUUCGCCAUGGACCGCAGCCGCAACGCCGUCGACAGUCUCCCCCGUCUCCGCAAGUUCCUCGGCCAAGUCAAGGACUGCUGCACCGCGCCCGAGAAAUACCCUCUUGUCGCCGAGGCCGCGCAUCUAUUCUCCAUCGACGAGGCCAUGAUCCGCCAAGACAUCCUCAAACUAUCGCAGUCCUCGCUCUCUGAAUCAGACUACAUCGACGAUCUCAAAGUCAUGUCAACAAGCAUCAUCACCCACUCCUCCACCAUGUCCCAGUUCUUUUCCGAGCAGGCCUACAAAACCUGGCGCGAGCGCGAGGUCCGCGAAAUGAACCAGCUCAUCGAAAUGUACCUCGUCAUCCACCCCACCCGCACUUCCUCCGUCCGAUCCAACGACACAAAAAUGACCUUCAUCCCUCCCGACGCAGCUGCCUACUACAACGUCAUCCUCAAACUCGCAGUCGAAGCCGAUCUUCCCCUCGCAAAAGCCCAGGACGAACUCGACCCGAUCACCGACCUCCUCUCCGACGACUCCCGCAAGCUGCUCAGAACCGUCUCGACAAACUGGCGCAUCAAGAAAUCGACCCGCGACGUGCUCUUCCUCAACGUCGUCAAAGACCUCUAUCUCGCUGAAAUACUCGACAUUAACCUCCUCACCGUCGCAUUCAUGGCUUCGCGAAGACAAUCAGUCCAGCAGCACUCCGAAGUCGUCGAUCCCUGGACAAAGCAGGAUAAACUAACCUACGCCAACGCUCUACACGCAAUCUACGACUUUUCGCUCAAGCAGCUGACCACCGAUCUAAAGCUGAUCUUCAAAAUCACUUUGGUCUCGGAUCACAAAUUUGUCAGAAAUAAGCUGUUUUGUACAUUCGCUCUGAUCGAAGACUAUAUCUGCUCGGAUGAUGGAUUUCAGUCAACCCCUAAAGAGUUUGAAAAGACAGUUAAAGAGUAUCGCGAGAUCGUCAGAGUCUCGGCCUACGACUACUUCAACCAACUGGUGGACUCUGGCCCCCGCGGCGAAGAGCUAGUAGACCACCUCAAUCUGAUGCACCACGUCAUCCCCGCCGCUCUCAAGCAAAUCAAGAUCGUCAAGCAUUACUACAACCUCCCCUUUGACUUUGACGGCGUCGACAUCUCCCGCUGGUCCUCCUCGCUCUUCAUCGCCCGCUGGACAGCCGAACAACUCACGCACAUGUGCGCUUACUUUGCAAAAGCCGAACUCGACAGACUCCGCGCAGCAAAGACAUCUAGUAAAGACGAGCCUGCGGUCGCGCUUGCGUUGGAAGAUAUCCAGGACUUGCACAAUAACCAGCUUCGCUUGCUGAAGAAGGAGUUUGAGGACGCGUUCGGGCAGAAGAAAAAGUUUCCGAUCGAUGCCGAGUACGAGCUGUUUGAUUAUAUCUACAGAUCGAUAAAGGAUAAGCAGCUGGUCUUGUCUAAUUGGGUUAACAACAUCAUUGCCAAAGAACACUCGGAUCCCAAUGCUUUUGAGAUGAUUAAUUCGAAUCUACGCCACAGCUUGAACGUCUCGGAUCUGUUUGCGACCUUCCAGCAAAACCUGAAACUGAUUGACGAUCUCGACUGGGAAAACCAGUACCACGUCGCAAGGCUUUACAACCUCGUUCUGAGCUACAUCUCGAAAGCAAUCACGACGUACUUGAAGAACCUGGCAAAGGCGUUCAACGACGACCUCAACACCGGCGGCCCGAUUCGCCCGGCGACAUGCGUCAAGUUGAAUAACGUCGAGUUUAUCAAGAACCAACUUGACGCGCUGCAGAAAUCGAUUGGCGCGGAGAAAAAGACAAAGCUGCUGGACGACCUGGAGAAGCAGCAAUUGAAGAGCUCGGGCCAGAAACCGUCGCGGUAUAUAUUCACGAUCGAGAUUGUGCAGGCGGAAAACUUGAAGUCGAUGGAUAGGAACGGAUACUCUGAUCCCUACGUCGAGCUGCUCAACGUGCACACGCAGCAAGUUCUCUUCCGCACCCACACGAUCUACAAAGAACUCAACCCGGUCUGGAACGCGCGGUUCGAGCUCGUGACCGAGUCCAGCGAGCGCAUCGCGCUGCGCGUGUGGGACGAAGAUCCCAACGACAAGCGCGACCUGUGCGGCGGCUGCAUGCUGCUGCUCAAACCGACCGACUUUGUCGACGAUCUGGCGAAGGACGAGUGGUACGAUCUCAAGCUGUCGGGCGAGGACUCGAAAGGGUUCGGACAGGUGCGCGUGAUUCUGACGAUGGAGCGCGAGCGCGAUAAUAUCCUGUUCCACAUUGGCACGGCGUUUAAAGAGUUGCGGGUGACGGAGGAAAUGAUGGUUUCGAAGCUGACGUCUAAAUUCCGAAGCCAGAUCUCAGCCUACAUCUCGCACGACGCGCUCAAGCGACUUCUCGGCAGUUCGGUCAGCCGACUACUAAGUCGCACGACAGGUCCAUUGACGGACGACAAGAUCGAGGACGCGAUCCAGCCGCUGUUCAAGAUCCUUGCUUCAGACUUUAAAGUGUUUGACGCGACCUUGACCGAGAGCAUGAAGAUGCGCGUGUUUCUGUCUGCGUGGUCAAACAUGCUGCAGACGAUCGAGAUGCUGAUCGUGCCGCCACUGUCGGAGCGGCCGACGAAGCAAAAGCCGCUGACGGACGGCGAGAUGCGGAUUCUCCAGAUCUGGGUCCACGAGGCUCUCGAUUUCUUCCACGGAGACUCGCAUGGUCCGGAAAAAGAAGCGCUGCAGUCUUCGGAACACUACAAGACGAUCCAGGUCGCGCAGCAGUUCUACUCUUUCCCCGCGCCGGAGCUGAUUACCGCGUACCAGCACCAAUCGACCGAGACGUUCAACAAGAUGCGGCAGCGGAAGAACAUGGCGGUGCCGAAACUGCUCGGUCGAAGCCGGACGAUUAUGGCGCACCAGAGUCUGGAGAAAAUGGAAGCCGAGGGCAAAGAGCUCGAGGACGCGCUGAAUGCGGAGAACUCUGAGGUGGUUAUUUUGCGCAUCCUGCGUAUGAAGGACUCGAGUCUGCUCAAGAGAUUUCUCGAGGAGCGCAAACGGCGGGCGGAUAUCAUCUCUGGUCAGGCAGCGGCGAGUACGGCGUCUGCACUGGGUGGAAGUAGCAAGCCAAAGGCAUUCAAUCGCGUUUCGCAUGUGCCAAAGUAUCCCGCGAUGCCACCUCUUCCGACCAAAUAGAUACAGUACAUUAUUUCAUUUACUGCGAGAAUUUUGUUUUUUUGCUCACUUGCAUUGCGGAGUUUUGAUUAUGUUUUGUUUUCUGCGUCACUGCGUCAUAAUAGGAAUAGAUACAAU